AACCAUCCCACCACUGUCAAAACCGCAUCACCAUGUCACAACUUACCAUUUCACGCGUAGUCCUCCGGUAUAGCUUACAUGGCGCCCCUCGCACAUCACUGAGGCUCAUUGAGGCGCCAGGCCGUAUUCUGCCUGCUCUCCGCUUCACAACACCACAAUGCUCUUCGCACGCCGUCCGUGGGUUUUCCUCAAAUCCGCAGCUGCAAAAAAAGGCGGGUAAAGCGAAUAGGUCGCACGCCCGAACCGACUCGAACCCACCAGUGAACAGAGGUGCUCCGCCAACACCCACCGAUGAAGCCUACGACGUCUCUGGGCUGGAGUCGCAGAUACUCAAGGCAAUUGAGAAGCUCACGCAUGAGCUGAGUCAGCUACGCAGCGGAGGAAAGCUCAACCCGGAUAUCAUAGAGAGCUUGAAGGUGCAAUUGGGCACGGCUGGACAUGGCAAAGAGACUGUCAGGUUGGGAGAUAUUGCCCAAGUCGUUCCAAGAGGAAGAGUACUGAAUGUAAUCUGCGGAGAGGAAGGGCAUAUCAAGCCCAUAACCACCGCCAUUGCCGCGUCACCGCACUCUCUUACACCUCUCGCCCCCGAACCCUCCAACCCUCUGACUAUCCAGGUCCCUCUGCCGCCGCCGACUGGAGAAUCACGUCGUGCAGCGGUUGAGUCGGCUGUCAAGGCUGCCGAGCGUGCCGACAAGCUCAUACAACAGGCCCGACAGGAACACAACAAAAAGCUCCGAAAGUACGACGUCAACCGCGAAGUGCUCCCGGAUGAUCUCCAAAAGGCCAAGAAGUUAAUGGAAGACGUGGUUAAGAAGGGCCAUGUUGAGGUUAAACGCAUCAGUGACGGUGCCAAGAGGGUCCUUGAAAGCCAAUAGCGGUACACAGGCUGUAUAUACUGUAUACGCAUCCGAUGCUCCGAAUUCUGACAUGAUGUAUUGAAAUGUCUAGGGAUUGCCCUUUGCGUUACCCGGUUCCAUCUUUGACCCGACGGCUUGACUGUUUAUCAUGCGCCAUGGCUUACCUCAUAGCCGGACACGGCAUAGGGCCUUCACCUCGUUUACCUAUAUUAUUGCGUCAAGAACAUGCUUACA